GAGCGAAGCAUAGUAGCAUUUUCAAUUCCAUUUCGUUCUCUUCUCGUUGAAGAAGCAGAAACAGAAUGCCAAUGUCACUGUCAAUGUCAUCAUUUCUGCUAAAGCCCCACCCCCCCUUUCCCUCCCAAUUCCAAUUCCACCCUCACAAACCCAUUCAUUCCCUUCGAAUCCACAACUGCACAACAAAAACCCACACACAAACCAUCCAAUUCCUCAAACCGUACCUUUUCUCCCAACACAAAACCAUCCUCUGCGGUUGGCUCUGCAGUGCCGUCUCCGUCUAUUCCCUCUCCAACCUUCUCUCCAAAUUCUCCAAAAUCGGCACCGUCACCACUCUCGAUACCCUUCCCCUCGUCGCUCUCGUCGUUACGCGCUUGAUCGCCACCUACGCGCAGCACGCUCUCCUUUGGGAAGCUUCCCUUAACGCCGUCUAUGAACUCCGUUUGCACGUCUUCGAUCGCGUUCUCCAGAGGGAACUCGCCUACUUCGAAGGAAACGACAGCCUUUCCGCCGGAGAUAUUGCGUAUCGAAUCACCGCCGAAGCUUCCGACCUCGCCGAUACCUUUUACACUCUUCUCAACACCAUAGUACCCAGUACCCUGCAGUUGUCGGCAAUGAUGAUGCAGAUGUUAGUUAUAAGUCCUGCCCUUUCUUUGAUUUCAGCAAUGAUUAUUCCUUGCAUGGUGCUAGUUGUUGCCUUGCUGGGUCAAGAACUUCGCAAGAUAUCCAAAGAGGCACAUAUUAGCAUUGCUGCUCUCUCAGCUUAUCUAAAUGAGGUGCUUCCCGCAAUUCUCUUUGUGAAAGCAAACAAUGCAGAGUCGUGUGAGAAUGCCAGGUUCAAGAGACUGGCUAUGAUGGACUAUUCUGCAAAGCUGAAGAAGAGAAAGAUGAAAGCUGUGAUUCCUCAGGUUAUACAAGCUAUUUAUUUUGGAAUCCUUUCCAUACUUUGCGCUGGUUCAGUGAUGAUUUCAAGAGGCUCAUUUGAUCGCUAUAUCUUGGUUUCAUUUGUGACAUCGUUGCUUUUCUUGAUUGGGCCAAUCCAGGAUGUUGGAAAAGCUUACAAUGAAUGGAGGCAGGGAGAACCAGCAGCUGAACGCUUGUUUGCUAUGACCAGGUUCAAAGAUAAGGUAGUUGAGAAACAGGAUGCUGUUGAUUUGGACCGAGUUACAGGGGAGCUGAAAUUUUGUGAUGUCUCAUUUGGAUAUAAUGAUGAUAUGCGACUUAUUUUAAGUGGAUUGAAUCUUCACAUCAGAACUGGAGAGAUAGUUGCUAUCGUGGGUCCUUCUGGUGGAGGGAAAACAACACUAGUAAAACUGUUGCUUCGGCUUUAUGAUCCAAUAUCUGGUUGUAUACUGAUUGAUAACCAUAACAUCCAAAACAUUCGGUUGGCAAGUUUAAGAAGGCAUGUAGGUGUUGUUUCUCAAGAUAUAACACUCUUUUCAGGUACAGUUGCUGAAAACAUUGGUUAUAGGGAUCUGACAACAAAAAUUGACAUGGAGAGGGUAAAGCUUGUAGCUAAAACUGCUCAUGCAGAUGAGUUCAUUAAAAAACUUCCCGAAGGAUACAAAACCAACAUUGGACCAAGGGGCUCAACUUUAAGUGGAGGCCAGAGGCAAAGGCUGGCUAUUGCACGGGCUUUCUAUCAAAAUUCUUCUAUAUUAAUUCUGGAUGAGGCAACUUCAUCGUUAGACAGUAAAUCUGAGUUAUUAGUGAGACAAGCUGUAGAGCAUUUGAUGCAAAAUCGCACAGUACUAGUGAUUUCGCAUCGCUUGGAAACAGUUAUGAUGGCUAAAAGAGUAUUCCUUUUGGAUAAUGGGAAGCUAAAAGAGCUGCCUCGGUCAACUAUGCUAGAUGGUCAGAAGGAUUCUUUGCUAUCAUCUGGACUUGUUAUUUGAAUAUUUCUUGCAACUGCACGGAUGACAUACAUAUAUAUUUCACAUUUACCUUCUCAUAAAUGUAUUUCUCAUAGCAUAUUUAUGGUAAUGGUGGUUAUAUAUUCAUUUAUUUCACAGCAAUGGGCUUUUUCUCUCUGUACAUGUAUGCGAGUGUAAACGUGGAUGCUCUUCACAUUCCUUUACCUGUACAUUCUUUGUUAAUCAUAUUUUUAUUUUUCUUUGAGGG